GAGUCAGAGUGGCGCAGCAAGUGGCUGCAGGUGGCGACGGUGGCGGGGGGUGGGGAGUAAGGUAAUUCGGCGUUCGCGAAAAAGGAGGUUUAGCGGGUCUGAAGAAAACUAAAGCUGCAGUCCGGCCUACUGUUCCGGGGGCCGCCGAGCCCCCACCGGGGAGAUGGAUCUCAACCGGAUCAUCCAGGCGCUGAAGGGCACCAUCGACCCGAAGCUUCGGAUCGCCGCCGAGAACGAGCUCAACCAGUCCUACAAGAUUAUCAAUUUUGCACCCAGUUUACUUUGGAUUAUAGUCUCUGAUCAUGUGGAAUUCCCAGUACGCCAGGCAGCUGCCAUCUACCUGAAGAACAUGGUGACACAGUACUGGCCAGAUAGAGAACCUCCACCAGGGGAAGCAAUGUUUCCAUUCAACAUUCAUGAAAAUGAUCGGCAACAAAUACGUGAUAACAUUGUGGAAGGGAUAAUUCGGUCUCCAGAUUUAGUGAGAGUCCAGUUAACAGUGUGUCUCCGGGUCAUCAUUAAACAUGAUUUUCCUGGCCACUGGCCAGCGGUGGUCGACAAGAUAGACUAUUACUUGCAAUCACAGAACAGUGGAAGCUGGCUUGGCAGUUUAUUAUGUCUGUAUCAACUGGUGAGGACUUAUGAAUAUAAGAAAGCAGAAGAAAGAGAACCUCUCAUAGCAGCGAUGCAAAUAUUUCUGCCACGUAUUCAGCAACAAAUUAUGCAGCUCAUUCCUGAUUCCUCCCAUUAUUCUGUAUUAUUGCAGAAACAGAUUCUGAAAAUCUUUUAUGCACUUGUGCAGUAUGCAUUGCCUCUUCAGCUGGUGAACAACCAAACCAUGACAGCGUGGAUGGAGGUCUUCCGAAGCAUCAUUGACAGGGCGGUCCCUCCUGAGACUCUGCAAAUUGAUGAGGAUGACAGGCCAGAACUGGUAUGGUGGAAGUGUAAGAAAUGGGCACUGCUUAUUGUAGCUCGUCUCUUUGAACGGUAUGGAAGCCCAGGAAAUGUCACAAAAGAGUACUUUGAAUUUUCUGAAUUUUUUUUGAAAACCUAUGCAGUGGGAAUUCAGCAGGUACUACUAAAAAUUUUAGACCAAUAUAGACAGAAAGAAUAUGUAGCCCCCCAUGUUCUUCAGCAAGCAUUCAAUUAUCUCAACCAAGGCGUUGUUCAUUCUGUAACCUGGAAGCAGAUGAAGCCACACAUACAGAAUAUCUCUGAAGAUGUGAUUUUUUCUUUUAUGUGCUAUAAAGAUGAGGAUGAAGAACUGUGGCAAGAAGAUCCAUAUGAGUAUAUAAGGAUGAAGUUUGGUAUAUUUGAAGAUUAUGCUUCUCCCACCACAGCAGCCCAGACUCUCUUAUAUACUGCUGCAAAGAAAAGGAAAGAGGUAUUGCCAAAAAUGAUGGCAUUCUGUUAUCAAAUCCUAACAGAUCCGAACUUUGACCCUAGGAAGAAAGAUGGAGCCCUGCAUGUGAUUGGUUCCCUAGCUGAGAUUUUAUUGAAGAAGAGUUUAUUCAAGGACCAAAUUGAAUUGUUUCUGCAGAAUCACGUAUUUCCACUAUUAUUAUCUAACUUGGGAUAUCUUCGAGCUCGGUCCUGCUGGGUGCUGCAUGCAUUUAGUUCUCUGAAGUUUCAUAAUGAGCUCAACCUAAGAAACGCAGUUGAAUUAGCAAAGAAGAGCCUGAUUGAAGAUAAGGAGAUGCCUGUGAAAGUUGAAGCUGCCCUUGCUCUUCAGUCAUUAAUUUCUAACCAGAUACAAGCUAAGGAAUAUAUGAAGCCACAUGUGAGGCCUAUUAUGCAGGAGCUGUUGCACAUUGUUAGAGAAACAGAAAAUGAUGAUGUUACUAAUGUUAUUCAGAAGAUGAUUUGUGAAUACAGUCAAGAGGUGGCAUCAAUUGCUGUUGACAUGACCCAACAUUUGGCUGAGAUAUUUGGUAAAGUUCUUCAAAGUGAUGAAUAUGAAGAAGUUGAAGACAAAACAGUAAUGGCUAUGGGAAUUUUACAUAUCAUUGAUACUAUUUUAACAGUUGUAGAAGAUCAUCAGGAGAUUACUCAGCAGUUAGAGAAUAUCUGCCUACGGAUCAUUGAUCUUGUUUUACAGAAACAUGUAAUUGAAUUCUAUGAAGAGAUUCUUUCCCUGGCAUAUAGUUUAACCUGCCACUCUAUUUCCCCUCAAAUGUGGCAGCUUCUAGGUAUUUUAUAUGAAGUUUUCCAGCAGGAUUGUUUUGAAUACUUUACAGACAUGAUGCCUCUCCUGCAUAAUUAUGUGACAAUAGAUACAAAUACUUUAUUGUCAAACCCAAAACAUUUAGAAGUACUUUUCACAAUGUGUAGAAAGGUACUCUGUGGAGAUGCAGGAGAAGAUGCCGAAUGUCAUGCAGCCAAACUUCUAGAAGUCAUCAUUCUUCAGUGUAAAGGGAGGGGAAUUGACCAGUGCAUUCCACUCUUUGUUCAACUUGUUUUGGAGAGAUUAACUCGAGGGGUCAAAACUAGUGAGCUCCGAACUAUGUGUCUUCAGGUUGCAAUUGCUGCCUUGUACUACAACCCUGAGUUGCUGCUACAUACUUUAGAACAAAUUCAGUUGCCUCACAACCCUGGACCUAUCACUGUACAGUUUGUAAAUCAGUGGAUGAAUGAUACCGAUUAUUUUCUUGGGCAUCAUGACCGGAAGAUGUGUAUAAUAGGAUUAAGUAUCCUUUUGGAAUUGCAAAAUCGACCUCCUGCAGUGGAUGCUGUUGUGGGACAGAUUGUUCCUUCAAUUCUUUUCCUUUUCCUUGGCCUAAAACAGGUCUGUGCUGCUAGACAACUGGUAAACCAUGAAGAUUGUUCAAAAGUAGAGAAAGCUGACAUGGAAGAAAAUGAAGAGAUUUCAAGUGAUGAGGAGGAAACAAAUGUAACCACUCAAGCAAUGCAGUCAAAUAAUGGGAGAGGUGAAGAUGAGGAGGAAGAUGAUGAUGACUGGGAGGAAGAAAUACUGGAAGAAACUGCACUUGAGGGGUUCAGCACUCCACUUGACCUUGACAGUAGUGUGGAUGAAUAUCAGUUUUUUACACAAGCUCUGCUAACUGUGCAGAAUCGGGAUGCUGCCUGGUACCAGCUGCUGAUGGCCCCUCUUAGUGAGGAUCAGAAGAGAACCCUGCAGGAGGUGUACACAUUGGCAGAGCACCGGAGGACAGUGGCAGAGGCAAAGAAGAAGAUUGAACAACAGGGAGGCAUUACGUUUGAAAACAAAGGAGUUCUCUCUGCAUUUAACUUUGGGACUGUGCCCAGCAACAACUGAAGGAAGGAACAGCAGCUGAGUAAAUGUAAUCACUGCAUUUUAUCUCAUGAGGGACAUGUGAGGGUCAAGGGGUGGACAAGGGAGCUGCUUUUUCAGGGUGGUCCUUCUGUUACCAUCUGGCACAAGGCAGCACUUUUCCUGCUCUCCCUUCCUCUUCGACCUUUAUUACCUUGAUAAAGACUUUUCAACAGCUACUGUAAUGUAUGAGAUUAAAGGAAAACAGAAUCAUUGCAUUUAAAAGGACAAACCAUCUACUUCAAAGGCUGACAGCCCAAGGUGGUUUUCAGAGGAUUGGAUCAAGCAACUCGCACGUCUCAGGUUUUUGCCAUGCAGAAAUCUAUGGAUUAUGUGGAUAACAGUGCCUUUUGUUGUACAUGAAUUAUCAGAAAAAAUUUUUUGGAGUGCAUUGCAAUUUUUUUUUUAAAGCAUAAAACAUAUUUCUAGAUAUACUGUAAACUUGGUUGUGUGUUGACUUGUUCUGCAUUUUCUCUGUGAAUUUACUGUAACUUUUCUACAAGUCACUCUGGUUUCAGAAACAUCAUUGCUCCCUUUGACCACCUUGCCACUGGGGGCUUUCUUCAGGGGUUGUAAAAUAUGCACUGGCUCUGGUUUUUCAUAAGACAUUUUGUGGCUUUCCCUCUUCUAUCAUAUUUUUCUGCCUUGAAAGGGGUGGUAUUUCUUUUAAGAUCAACAAGUGUGCAUUUCCAUUGCAUUCAUAACCUGGCAGGUUAAAGACCUAACAGUGUUUUGGGUUAGAGUGACUGCUCUGAGAAAGUAGGUAAGCAGGGGCUCUCAGGAGCUCAGUAGUCUCUGGAGUUAACAGCAAGUCUGAGCAGGUACUUAAUUACUCAAUGAAGUAAUACUACUUAAAGCACACUGAACUUUUAGGAGAAAAGUGCUGCAUAAGCACUCUGUCUUUCUGGUUGAGGCUUGCAGCUUCAGUAACUUAUCAUUCCAUCUAUUGGACCAGGGUCC